AUGAGCGCAAAAAUGACAGGCGGUAUAUCGCACGAGGAAUGUCCUACCAAGAUGCUGAAUCCGUUCGUGCACAGGUUGGAAUUGGAUACUACUUACGAGAAGAUUAGAACGGCGAUUUUCACGGUGAUCCUCCUUCCGAUCAGAGUGUCGGUCAUCUGCUUCUUCGUCUGCCUCGGCUGGAUGUUCGCCUUCGUCGGUCUCUGGGGUCUAACCGAAGAAGAGUUACGGCAGAAACCGUUAGAAGGAUGGAGAAAGAAAAUUAAGCACGUGAUAUGCAUUAUCGGAAAAAAUGUUCUGAUGGCUGGAGGAAUGAAUAUAACGAUAAAGGGGAGGCAGGCCUCGAAAACCGAAGCCCCUAUUUUAGUAGCGGCCCCCCAUUCGACAUUUAUCGACGCGGGGAUCGUAUAUCUUACGGGAUUCCCCUCGACGAUAUGUAGAAGGGAAAGUGCUGGAAAUAAUCAUAUCGGAAAAUUGAUCAAUUUUACUCAACCAGUAUACGUGUGGAGAGACGACCCCAAUUCUAGACAUAAUACAAUAAAGGAAAUCAUAAAUAGAGCCACAUCUGAUUUGGACUGGCCGCAGAUUCUGAUCUUUCCAGAGGGCACGUGCACGAAUAGAUCUUGUCUCAUCACGUUCAAACCAGGUGCUUUCUACCCAGGUGUUCCAAUUCAACCUGUAUGCAUACGUUACCCCAAUAAAGUAGACACUGUAACAUGGACCUGGGAAGGACCUAGCGCAUUAAAAUUAUUAUGGUUGACGUUAACCCAACCUUACAGCAACUGCGAAAUUGAAUUUCUGCCUGUAUACAAUCCUAGUGAAGAAGAAAAACGUGAUCCAAAACUGUUUGCGAAGAAUGUCAGAGCAGUUAUGGCCAAAGCUCUGGGUAUUCCAGUGAUCGAUUAUUGUUAUGAUGACUGCCUACUGAUGGCAAAAGCCAAAGAAAUGAAUCUACCAUAUGCUCCCUCUUUGGUCGAAGUGAAUAAGUUACGCAAUCGACUAGGAUUACGAAAUACGAAAAACGAAGAAAACCUUAUCAAUUCGAAUUUAGUAUGCAAAGAUUGUAGCAAAAUAAGUUUCAUUGAAUUCACGAAAUUACUGAACAUUCCUUUGAAUAAUCCAGAUUCGCAGCAGCUCUUCAAAAUAUAUGACAAAGAACAUUCAGGGGCAAUAGACUUCAGAGAAUAUUUACUGGGUGUCUUAGGCAUAGGAAAAGACCUAUCUCAUUUGGAUGUACUUCAUAUAGCUUGUAAGAUAUAUGACAAGAGUGGAUUCGGCCGCUUAUCACCAGAAGACUUCUGUAAAGCCGUAUGUCAAACGUUAGCCUUAAAUAAAGAGUACGCCUUAGAAGUUUUCGAACAAGUAGACAGAAAUAGAUUAGGUUACAUCACUUAUGAUAACUUCGUCCAGUAUGCUCAGAAGAAGGCGGAGUUUGCGAAUUUCUUCAGUUUGAGUUCGGAGGAAAAAAUACCGCAUCGGAACGGCGAUAUAUGCCCCAACAAUUAUAACAAAAAAACUGACUGA